CGUCCCGCUCCAUCCCACCCCGCCGGGCCAUGGCCGCCCCCCGCCCGGCGCACGGCUGCGGCAGCGGGGCUCUGCUGGGGCGCUUCGGGGUGCUGCUGCAGGCGCUGCUGGCUCUCUGCGCCUUCAGCACCCUCAUGCUAAAACGAUUUAAGGAACCAAAGGCAGAGAGGCGUCCCUGGAGGAUAUGGUUUUAUGAUACCUCCAAGCAAGCAAUAGGUGCCCUCUUCAUCCACUUUGCCAAUGUUUUCCUGUCAGAUCUCACUGAAGAGGACCCUUGCUCCCUCUACCUUAUUAAUUUCAUCCUUGAUGCCACGCUGGGGAUGCUGCUGAUCUGGCUGGGUGUGAAAGUUGUCUCCUGGAUCGUGCAGCACAAGAAAUACACCUACUUGGUCUUUGGAGAGUAUGGUGACCCUCCACAAGCUGCUGCCUGGAUUGGCCAGUGUAUCCUCUACUUGCUGAUAAUGGUUUUUGAGAAGACUGUGAUUAGCCUUGUCCUGCUUAUCCCUGGUUGGACAAAGCUUCAGCAGAUCCUCCUGGGUUACAUCCCAAACCCCCAGCUGGAGCUCGUCCUGGUGAUGCUUGUUGUGCCUUUCAUAGUCAAUGCCAUUAUGUUCUGGGUUGUGGACAGCUUGAUCAUGAGGAAGCAUAAGCAGAAGGACACCCUAGACAUCAAUGGAUCCAUAGAAACUCCUCGGGUUAGGAGGACAGAGGAAUCCCAGGUGUUGCUCUCUCCAGACAUGGAUUUUGAUCAGUCUGAAAGCGACCAGGACAUUUCAGGGCUCCAUGGAACCAACCAGAAGAUGAAGCAGCCCAGCUAUCAAGUGGUCAUCUGACAACACCGGGGACAAGGGAGGUGGAGGAAGGAGCAGCACUGUGAUCCUUGGGCUGGCCAAGGAAGGGCAGGGUGGGAAAUGCUGGUUGAUCCCUAUGGAUCUGCAGAGAUUCUUUUGCCUGCCUCACCUAGACCUGUCCUGCAGUUGUUUUGGGGAUGAUACCCGGGCAUCCUGUACAGGCUUGAGCAGUAUCUGCUUUCCCUGUGUGACCCUAACCUGUUCACACGCAGGCAUGUUGAGGUUGGGGUAUGAGUAUGUACUUUUCCUGGCUGGCCAGCUGGGUGUGACUUUUUUUGGUCAGGGCUAGAGAAUUAAAUCAAGAUUUGUUUGCUUUUUUAUAGAAAAGAAAAGAAAAAAAAAAAGACUUAUUAUCUACUACAUGAACUGUGACACUUUUAUAUGCACAAUACUCAAAAGAAUUGGUUUGCAAUAUGUAUUUAAAUGCCUUCAAUUGGGAAGAUUGUCUCAGUGGAUCUGAUUCUUUUUUACUGUUUUAUAAAGAAUACAAUAAAUAUUUGACCUAAAAUUGCCUCAUAAAUGAAAUGACUUCACAUGCUCAAUAUUCUCUGCAAAACCCUAGUGCUGUGAAGGGGGAGGAAGGGGGGGGCUGUUGAAAUCUUUCCUGAGCAGGGAGGAUUGUCUUUCUGCAGCAGGGCUGUCCUAGUAAAGCUGCAGA